AUGGCGGGCGAGGGCCCGGGGCACCCGACGGGCGGUCGAAAUUGGAAUGAUCUCCAGCACCUCCGCGAUGUAGGGGCUCAGCCGGAGAGGGGGGAGCCCCGCGGCGGGCGCACCGGGGUCUCCGUGCAGUCACCCCUGCGCACUCGCGCGCACCCGCGCCCCGCCGGCACCCCCGCCGCCAUGUGCCGGCUGCUGCUCGCGCUGCUGGCCUGGUGCGCAGGACUGCAGGGCUCGGCGUUAUUUGAAAGAAUUGCACGUCAAAUUACGUGUCCCGAGUUUCGCAUUGCAAACAGAGAGCGCGUGAACCACUGUCGCGAGGACAAAGUCCCGGUGUGCAGCGGGGAAACACGCGCCUCGCCGGACGCCGGAGCCGCGUCCACCUCGGGGGCCCCGCAGUCCGGCAAGGCCGUGCCGGACUUCAGCCAGCAGAUACGGAACAUCACCGUCCCGGUGGGGCGGGAGGCGGUCCUCAGCUGCUCCGUCACGGAGCUGGGCAACUACAAGGUGGGCUGGCUGAAAGUCGAGGACCAGACCAUCCUGACGCUGCACAACAAGGUGGUGACGCACAACUCGCGGGUGAGCGUGUCGCGCGACGGCGACCACACCUGGAGGCUGCACCUGCGCCAGGUGAAGGAGGCGGACCGCGGCUGCUACAUGUGCCAGAUCAACACCAGCGUCAUGAAGAAGCAGGUCGGCUGCGUCGACGUGCACGUGCCGCCGGACAUCGUGGACGGCGAGACGAGCUCCGACGUGACGGUGCAGGAGGGGGAGAACGCGACGAUGACGUGCCGCGCCGCGGGGCACCCGACCCCGAGGAUCCUGUGGCGCAGGGAGGGCGGCGAGGAGCUGGUGUUCCGCCUCGGCCCCAGGAACGUCACCAGAGCGGAGUCGUUCAGCGGCGAGGUGCUGACUCUGUGGAAGCUGGAACGCAGCCAGAUGGGCGCCUACUUGUGUAUCGCCACCAACGACGUCCCUCCAGCCGUCAGCAAGAGGAUAACACUCAACAUAAACUUUGCGCCCGUGGUGAAAGUCCCGAACCAAAUACUCGGCGCUCCGUUCGGAACGAACGUUACGCUGGAGUGCUACGUGGAAGCAUUCCCGAACACCAUCAACUACUGGCUCAAGAACAGGGGCGAGAUGUUGAUGGACGGGAAGAAGCACGUGCUGGACGAGACCCGCAGCGCCUACAAGGUGGUCCUCAAGCUCACGCUGCUGAGGUUCGGCCGCGCCGACGUGGGCACCUACACGUGCGUGUCCACCAACUCGCUGGGGCGCGCCGACGGCACGGUGCGACUCUACGAGAUAAAGCUACAGACGAGCGCACCAAUAAGGACAACUACUAAACCACCAGUUACUCUUCAAGACGUGACCAUCCAAAGGCGAGUUGAAGAAAUGGUGAAAGACUCGGCGUUUACAACGAUAGUGUCGCUGCAGGAGGCCGCGAUGGACCGCAUGUCGGAGGCGCAGGACGCGCGCAGCGACCCCGGGGGCGGGCCGGGGGGCGGCGCCCUGGGCUCCGGCGCGCGGAGGGGCGGCGCCGGUCGGGCGCUCGCAAGCCUCGCGGCGCAGUGGGUCGCCGCGGCGCUGGUCCGCGUCGCGAGGUGA